GUUUAAAAAAAAACCAAAUCUUGAGGCCGCCUCUUAAAUAUUUAUCAUACAAGACGAAAGAGAAUAGUUUGGAGUCGGGAAAAGGUAAAAUUCGAGUGGCAUGCAUUCCUUUUCUCCACAAUUAGAAUGAAACAAACAAGGACCCUCACACGAGACCCCUUAUCCACAAGUAAACAGAGAGGACCUAAACAAUUUGGCUCAUCUAUCCCACACUUUGUGGAACCUAGGCUCCGCAGAACAAUACCAUCAAUGGCUGCAGCAUCGACCUACAUGGCUUCCACCAGCUUCUCCAUGCUGGGAUGGACAAGUGCGAAGAAAUCACUUAGCAAGAGAAGUGGAUUCUUGAUUUCAGCUCAACAAGCAGAUAUACAGGAAGAGGUUAACCAGACAGAAACAGAAGCAGAUAACAUGAAGCAGAAACCGCAGUCGCAGGCGGCUACUGUGAAGCCAAGGCCAGUAGAGCCACAAUUGAAUGUGAAGAGCAAAAACAUGGGCAGAGAAUACGGAGGGCAAUGGCUGAGCUGCACCACCAGACAUGUUAGGAUAUAUGCAGCCUAUAUUGACCCGGAGACGUGCGAAUUUGAUCAGACUCAAAUGGAUAAGCUCACUCUUAUCCUUGAUCCAACAGAUGAGUUUGUGUGGACGGAUGAGACUUGCAAUAAAGUUUACUCUUACUUCCAGGAGCUUGUUGAUCACUAUGAGGGAGCUCCACUGACGGAAUAUACGCUUCGCCUGAUAGGUUCUGACAUAGAGCACUACAUCAGGAAGUUGCUUUAUGAAGGAGAAAUUCAGUAUAACAUGGAUGCAAGAGUCUUGAAUUUCAGCAUGGGAAAACCACGUGUGGGAUUCAAUUAUGAUGGCCAACUGCAUGAUGUGAAAAACUGAAGUAGAGUUUGGAACAUCAGGGUACUUCAUCAAACAAGGUACUUGUUCAACAAUUGAAAAAUUGAAACAUUGUCCAACAAUUCUUGACGAGGAGGAC